AUGAAAAAUCGGGCGAGGGAAGCCAGGACUUGUGCCCGUUCAAACGUUCGACGCCCAAUCAAAAGGCCGACGCAAAAGACGAAGGUCCUGGGCCAUGAAGACGACACAACGUUUAAAAUAGAGCUGCCAAAACCCUUGAGAUAUGAAGAGCUCGAGAAGUUGGCUGAGGAGAGGAGAAAGGAAAGAGAGGAGAAACAAAACGCCCUUUUGAAAGCUGAGGAUUCUGAAGAAGAAGAAGAAGCAGCAGCAAAAGAUAAACAUCGAGACAAAAGGGUCAACAUGAGGCCAAAACUGAAGGCACAAGAAAUUGAUUUCUCUCUUUCUAACUCGCGGUUGUUCGAAUGCGCCCUCUGCAUGCCCCCCAAGACUGAAGAGCACGAGAACCAACUUGCUGAAUUCGGCGCUGACAGGAAGAACAAGAACGUCAACGCUUUGUUCGCGCCUCGCGCCUGGUGCCGCCGCAUUCAACUCUCUUCUCUGGAUUUAUUAAACCCUUUUUAUGGAGGCCAAAAAACAGUGUUUUACAAAGACGCCAAAUUCCAGGAGUUUGCUCCUUACUCCCAGGCGGACGGCCUAGUGCGUUGCAUCACUUUCUACUCCAACCCGCGUCGAAACCUCCCAGAAGAAAUUCUCUUCCAAUUUGAACACAGGAACGACGGGCUGGAGGAACGCGUCUUCUGGCCAGCUGCUCGCCGCCAAGUCGAAAGAUAUGCACCAGGCAAUCCACACGCCCUGCGCGAAGUUGUUACGGUGUACGGAGAGAGGCGUGAGCUGCACUUCUACAACUCCAGGCUCGACGGCUUAAUUAAGCACGUGGAGCUGUUCGGAAAAAAGAUUUAUGAGGAGUUUGAAGGCCGCAGCGACGGGCUUAUAGAACACGCAAUGAAAAUGGAGGAAGGAGAGAGCACUGAGGAAGGCGGCGAAACCCUCAAGAUUCGCUCUUUGCUGCAAUACGAUGGAGAGGAGGCACCCUUCAGUGGCGGCUGUAAAGCGCCGGCCCCCACAGAAGCAGAAUGGCGCCGGCAGCAGCAAACAGCUAUUGAGCUAGCUCGGUCAGCAACGGAGCAGCAGCUUUUGACAAAGAAGAUUUGGAUUUUGCGGCAUGAUGGAGACAGUUCAGGAGCAGCAAAAGUGGACAAAGCAAUUAGCUGCGAGGGCCCCAUCGAUGCUGCUGCUGCUGCUGCUGCUGCUGCUGCAGAGGCGGCGGCAGUCCCCGCUGCUGCUGCGGAGGCCUUCGCCGCUGCAGCAAGCACGCUGUCCCCCGGGGCUGCGGACGCAACCCCAGCAGCAGCAGCAGCAGCAACAGCAGCAGCAGCAGCAGAGGGGAAGGAGUGGAAGCCAAAAUACCCCUUUUGCAGCCACCCCACACUCACACCUGCCCUUGUGGAUAUUGCUGCUUAUGUUGCUGCUAAACAGCCAGCAGCAGGCAAGGAAAUCGACAGCAAGACAGCGGAGGAGAUUGCGAAAAGAGCCAAGAAUGAACUUCGACUGCGGCUGAUGGGGAGGGCUGCCGCAAUUCAGCAGCAGCUUGAGGAGAAGCAGGAACAGCUCAAGCGAAUCAAAGCUUUGCAGAAACUGAAUGAGCUGGAGUGCGCCAUUGCCAAAGACACCCGGCUCAAGGCCAUGUGGGCCAGCGGCGCAGAAUAA